UCUUCAGCAGAGGCCGAGCAACUCUUUCAUGCACUGUCCCACUGGAAAGCGCGUCGGACUCUAGAAGAUAUCUCCAUUUUUUUCAUGAUGACGAAUUCGUGGGACCCCAAUACGACGAGUUUUUGACACCAAUUCCGCAUCUCCUUUGCCUUACACAGCUCCGAACCCUGAAGCUCGUAUUUCGUCAUUUCUGCCUCUACCUAGACAAUGACAUACUCUUGCAAGCUAUGUCUAGUUGGCCGCACAUCCGCACUCUGGAAAUCGAAGACUCUCGUACUUUUUCCGAAGUCACCCUCCAUGGAUUAUUCACAGCGCUUGGUCUAUGUCCACAAUUGCAUACACUACGAGUUCCAGUCAAUCUUGCAACUAUCGACAUCGAUCCUGAUGCUGAGCCAAUACAACAUACCUCCCUACGAUCAUUGGAUUUGGAGACAUCCAAGUUUCAAAUAGCAGAAGCUGAAACUUUCGCUCACAUCAUUUCCGCCUGGCUCCCUUGUGUCGACCAAGUUCAAAGCAUAUAUGAUUUGAGUUGGGUUGAAGUCAACAGGUAUCUUAGAUCUUCGAGAGCGGCUACCGCGCCGUAUGUCUUGCGAGCCUCCUAGAAUAUUUGAGAUUGGAAUAC